AUGUUUCCGGAUCGUCCCAUCGGAGCCCUGGGACAGAAGGUGCUGUGCGACCUCGAAGAGGGGCUGGUGUGCAGAAACCAAGACCAGAUAGGGAUCCCCGGAGGCAUUCCCAUGUGCUACAACUAUGAGAUCAACGUCUACUGCUUCCACCUCCCCCUCUAUCACGGAGUCAACCACACCUCUGACUACCUCUCCAACAACCGUGAAGACAACCAGCAUUCCUUCACCCCCCACGGAAACGAAGCCCGUGGUCACCACCCCGGGGAGCACCACUUCAGCAUUCCUUCACCCCCCACGGAAACGAAGCCCGUGGUCACCACCCUGGGGAGCACCACUUCAGGUAUGGACACCAGAGUCAGUGUGGCAGCUGGCAACUCGCUCCGGUCCCUUAUCACCCAGGGGAGCUUUGAGAACGAGACGUGGUGGCUGUGUAACUGCACCAUGGCCGUCUGCAAGCACGACAACACGGUGGAGCUGGUGGAGGUGGAGUGCAAGCCCCCGCCCAUGCCCACCUGCUCCAACAACCUCACUCCUGUGCGCGUCAUGGACCCCGACGGCUGCUGCUGGGACUGGGAGUGCUACUGCACGGGCUGGGGGGACCCCCACUACGUCACCUUCGACGGGCUCUACUACAGCUACCAGGGCAACUGCACCUACGUGCUGGUGGAGGAGGUGCGGCCCACGGUGGACAACUUCGGGGUCUACAUCGACAACUACCACUGCGACGUCAACGACCAGGUGUCCUGCCCCCGCACGCUGAUCGUGCGCCACGAGACGCAGGAGGUGCUGAUCAAGACCGUGCAGAUGGCGCCCAUGAGGGUCCAGGUGCAGGUCAACAAGCAGGCGGUGGCCCUGCCCUACAAGAAGUACGGGCUGCAGGUGUACGAGUCGGGCAUCAACUACGUGGUGAACAUCCCGGAGCUGGACGCCCUCAUCUCCUACAACGGCCUCUCCUUCACCAUCCGGCUGCCCUACCGCCUGUUCGGCAACAACACCAAGGGCCAGUGCGAGCGCGCCUCCCGCCUGCCCACCCCCAGCACCCCGGAGAACAGCACGCUGCUGGUGGAAGGCUGCUUCUGCCCCGAGGGCACCAUGAACUACGCCCCCGGCUUUGACGUCUGCGUGGAAGUGUGUGGCUGUGUGGGGCCUGACAACGUGCCCAGAGAGUUUGGGGAGCACUUUGAGUUCGACUGCAAGGACUGCGUCUGCCUGGAGGGCGGCAGCGGCAUCGUCUGCCAGCCCAAGAAGUGCAGCCAGGAGCCGCCCGCCCAGUGCAAGGAGGACGGCACGUACCUGGUCACGGAGGUCAACCCCGCGGACACCUGCUGCAACAUCACCUUCUGCAUGCCCAAGGGCGUCUGUGUUGUUGGGAACGCCGAGUACCAGCCCGGCUCCCCAGUGUACUCCUCCAAGUGCGAGACCUGCGUCUGCACCAACAUCACAGACAGCGCCACGCAGCUCAACCACGUGUCCUGCAGCCACGUGCCCUGCCCCAGCACCUGCAACCCCCCCGGGGACAUGAAGAGUGACCCCAAGAACAACUGCACCUUCUUCAGCUGCGUGAAGAUCCACAACCAGCUCAUCUCGUCCGUCUCCAACAUCACCUGCCCCGACUUCGACCCCAGCGCCUGCCUCCCGGGCUCCAUCACGCUCAUGCCCAACGGCUGCUGCAAGAAGUGCAUCCCUCGCAAUGAGACCAAGGUCCCCUGCUCCACCAUCUCCGAGACCAAGGAGAUCUCGGAAGGCGGCUGCACCAAGAAGGUCCUCAUGAACUACUGCUCCGGGUCCUGCGGGACCUUCGCCAUCUACAGGCCACCGGGAAUCCAGCUGCCCCCUGCCCGCUGUCUGCCGGGCGAGGAGCUGAAGCACAACAGGGAGCCGGCGGCAGAGGGCUGGGCUGCGCAGAGCUACGAGCUGAAGCUGAGCGAGGGGCAAGUGGAGGUGAUCGAGAAGGGCCCGGGGCAGGAGGCGCCCUACGCCAUCCGCCAGGUGGGCAUCUACCUGGUGGUGGACACGGUGGCCGGCCUGGUGCUGCUGUGGGACAAGAAGACCAGCAUCUUCCUCAGACUCAGCCCCGAGUUCAAGGGGAGGGUCUGCGGGCUGUGCGGGAACUUCGACGACAACGCCGUCAACGACUUCACCACGCGCAGCCAGUCCGUGGUGGGAGACGCUCUGGAGUUCGGCAACAGCUGGAAAUUCUCCCCCACCUGGGCCGCCUGCGCCCAGGCCUGCCACGACGCGGGCGUGUGCGUGGCCUGGCGCACCCCGGACAUCUGCCCCCUGUUCUGCGACUACUACAACCCCGAGGGCCAGUGUGAGUGGCACUACCAGCCCUGCGGGGCGCCCUGCCUGCGGACCUGCCGGAACCCCCGUGGCCAGUGCCUGCAUUCUGCGUCGGGCAGCCAUAUACUGGAACUGUCUCCCUGGCCCCCAGGCUGCUACCCCAAGUGCCCGCCGGAGGCUCCCAUCUUUGACGAGGACGCCAUGCGGUGUGUGGCCACGUGCCCGCCGCCGCCCUGCCAAGUCCAGGGCAAGUCGUACCGGCCGGGUGCGGUGGUGCCCUCGGACGAGAACUGCCACUCCUGCGUUUGCACGGAGAACGGCGUGCAGUGCGCCUACGAUGCCAAGGCCUGUGUCUGCAGCUAUGACGGGCGGCGCUUCCGCCCGGGAGACGUCAUCUACCACACGACGGAUGGCACUGGCGGCUGCAUCUCCGCCCGCUGCGGGCCCAAUGGCACCAUCGAGAGGACCAGGUCCUCCGUGGCAACCUCAGCCCCAGGGCCCUCCGAGGUCCCAGGUGUGCCCACCACCUCUCAGCCCAGUGCCAUCUCCUGCCUGCGGAGGUACUGCAGCUGGACCGAGUGGCUGGACGGCAGCUACCCCAAGGCUGGGAUCAACAGUGGAGAUUUUGACACGUUCCAGAACUUGCGAUCCAAAGGGUAUGCGUUCUGCGAGCAGCCCAGCCAGGUGCAGUGCAGGGCCGAGCGCUACCCGGACACCCCGCUGGCGGAGCUGGGGCAGACCGUGGUCUGCAGCGACAGUGUGGGCCUGCUGUGCCUCAACAAGGACCAGCUGCCCCCCAUCUGCUACAACUACCAAAUCCGGAUCCAGUGCUGCGAGUGGGUGGACAUGUGCAGAGAGAGGACCACCCCACCGGGGACAUCGAGGGCCAUGCGCUCGACCCCACAGGACACAACCCAAACCCAGGCCCCCUGGACCUCCACACAGCGCUGGAUGGCCAGCUCGAUCCAUGUGCCCCCGGCCACCAAGACCAUACCCAGCACACACACGGUCACACCACGUGGGACCACCAGCUGCCAGCCACAGUGCACGUGGACCCAGUGGUUCGACGUGGACUUCCCGUAUCCGGGGCCCCACGGAGGACGACCCAGUGUAUGA